AUGCCCGAUGAUGAUGAACCAGACCACCGACGGUCAGCGACGGCACCAGCCUAUCCGGAUCCGGACUCAGACUUGGACUCGGACCUAGAUUCGAUACCACCGCAACCCAGAUCCCCAUCUCACCCCCCGUUGCCAAGUCUUACAACAACAACAGCAACAACAGGUAGUCCGACACCACCCAACAACCCUCAGAGAGCCCAAAACCGCCAUGGUCUCCAUCGACACGGCAGCCGCUCACCUUCACCCUCACCGUCACCCCGUCACCUACCGCCACCAGCAGCAGCUUCGACGCUCUAUCAUCUCGUCGGAGGUCUAGGCCUAGGACCCUCCUCACCACUCUCUCCCUUCCGCCGGCAAUUCUCCGCCUCUCUCCAGGCCGUCCGCUCAUCGUCCCGAGCCCCCAGCUUCGCCAGCAUUGCUGGGUCCCGUCCCAGUACCAGUUAUGGUUCCGGCUCCGGCACCGGCACCUUCUUCACUCACGUCAACGACAGCCAUGGCACGGUUCACCACCUCGCUAUCAAGGACGACGACCACAACCUCUCUUUUCAUGAAGCCGAUGAUGAACUCAGCGAUGAUGACCAGCACCCGCCGGUACGGGUGGACACAGCAGCAGCAGCUAACAAGACAGAAGAAAACGACCACGACAACCUCACGCAAGGCAGCAAAGACAUGCUGGUGGAACGGUUGACGGAUUUGAUUCACUAUUUGCAGGAGACCAAGGACGACCAAACGACGGCUACGAACCAGAGUGGUGUUCUUAGCGAUGUCAGCAUCAGUGAGUUGCACGCCAAGGUGGAUGAGAUGGAGGCUGUUCUUACUGGGAAGGGAACGGGGACUGCGGUUGGGGAUGCUUUGAGAACGAUGAAGCGGCCUCCUGUUGGCCCUUCAGCGAGGGUACCGAGACGUGGUGGACAGCGACAAGACGAAAAUGAAAAUGAAAACGAGAGCGAUGGAGACGAGGAAGAUGAGGAACAUGACCAAGAGAAACAGCCUCACUCGCCUCUAAAGGAUAUGCUCGCAUUUGCGUCAUCAGCAGCAGCUGCUGCCGCCCCGGGCUGGUUAGCUAGAAGCUUUUCCGGCUCGGAACCGUCACAACCUGAGUCACGGGCGCACUCACCAUCGCCUUCUUCAAAAGUUCACUUGAAGCUGGCGGAGGCUGCGGAGAUUAAACCUUCCGCUGUUGGUGCUGCUGGUACAGCAGCAGUGUCUGUUGCCGAAGUGGAAGUGGAUGUGGAAGUGGAAGCAAAGAAACGAUGGGAUGUCGUUGAGACAGAGCGCAUCGCGGGCGAAGCUGAGAAGCUAGCUGCUCAGUUGGAAGCAGUUUUGAAAAGCUUGGAGACGAGGAGGGAGGAGUCGAAUCACGUCCACGCCCUCCUGGUAGAAAGAGCAGAAGCCGCCGCCUCUCGAAUUCUUGAUCUGGAGAAGGAGGUUGUCUAUUUAGAAGAAGAAAUCUCCAGCCAAGAAUCCGAACUCAAACACCUCCGUCUCGAACUGCGCGCCAUCGAGACCCUAGUGAACGAAUUCCUCCCGCCCGUCGAGGCCGCCGACCCAGAGCUCGUCCGCAGCAUCGAGAACUGGAAGGCUGAUUGGAAGAAGUUGAGAGAACAAAUGUUGUUGUCUAAGAGUCGUCGUAAGGGUAAGAGUAGCAACAGAAAGAUUCCUGAGGAACAUGAUGGAGGACAUGACGGGCAUGACGGGCAUGAGGAGGGAAGAAGGCAAAUAAAUGGGAAAGAGAGGAAUCAGCAGCAUGGGCAUGAGGACCACGCGGAGGAGGAGGCUUAUGCUCAUGCUCGUGAGACGCAUGAGACGCAUGAAACGCAUGAGUUAUCAGUUGUCAUGGAAGUUAUGGAGGAGUCGGUGAGGCAGGGUCAUCCUCAACAACAUCAGCAGCAGCAUUUCCGCAACGGCAACGGUGUUGGAGGCGGAGACGCCGAUGGACAGGGAGAUGACGCCAUGGCAACAAGCGCUUCUCCAGCUCCAACUAUCGCUCCCGCUCAUGCAGUAAGGGUAUCAAGGACCGGGGCUUAG